AUGCAGUCCUACAUUGGUUUGUUGGCACGCUCCAGAGUCCCACUUGUGGACAAGAAAUGGACUGAAAUCCCCAAGGAUAUAAAGGAGCAGAUUUGGGAAGCCGUUGACAUGGCUUUUGUGGUAGAUCAAGGGGGCAAGACCUCGGUGUUAUCUUCUGUUGCCAAGAAAUGGAAAGAUUUCAAGUCUACACUGACGAGGCAUUAUAUCCUUCCAUACAUCAAGGAGAGGGAGAAAUUAAGCCAACCCCCUGAAAUAUAUAAAUUCAUAGAGAAAGCAAAAUGGGAUGCCUUUGUAGCUUCAAGGUUAUCCAAAGAAUUUGAGUCUGUGCAUUCUCAACAUUCACAGAUUAGGGAGAAACUUGAGUACAAUCAUCGAUUGUCUCGAAAAGGAUAUGCUGGUUUGGAGGAUCAAUUGGAGGAAACCAUGCCUGGGGUAGAAAUUGAUCGAUCUACCUUAUGGAAGAAAGCUAGACAGGACAAACAUGGUAACAUCCCGGAUCCAAAGGUGGCAGAGAAAGCAAAAUUAAUUGAUGAAUUGCAAAAACAAGUGGUUGAAGGCAGUCUUAGUGUAUCUGGCAGUAAUGAUGUGUUGACCUUGGCUUUGGGUCCCGAGCAUCCAAGGAGAGUAAGAGGGGUAGGUGCUGGGAUUUCCCCUAGGCAAUUCUUCAAUUUACCUAGACAACAGAGCAUAAAGUUUGCCGAUCAAUUGAAGGAAAGUGUAAGAAUUGUCCUUCAAGAAGAGACUAAGAAGAUGGAAGCUAGAUCAAGGGAAGAGACUUUAAGGAUGGAGGCUAGAACCAAGCAAAUGGUAGAGGCUGAGAAGGAACAUUUACUAAGUCAGCUUUCCCAACUCAUCCCCAAUUUUGAUCCAAGCAUGCUUAAAACAAAAACUAGCCCCUCUCAAAACCAAGGUCUAGAGCAAAGUCCCAAAAAUCCAAUGUCUGACAAAGCAAGCUGUUCUGGGGCUGAUGUGAGAUCCCUACAUUUAGAGGAUGAUACUGCCAAAAAUGGGGAACAGCAGGAAGAAACGAAAUCUGGGGCUUUAGAAAAUCAAGAUGAAGAGAAGAAAGAAGAAAAAAAAGAUGAAGAGAAGAAGGGAGAAAAAAAAGAUGAAGAGAAGAAGGAAGAAAAAAAAGAAAAAAAAGAUGAAGACAAAAAGGAAGACAAAAAUGAUGAAGAGAAGAAAGAAGAAAAACAAGAUGAAGAAAAGCAUGACGAAGAGGGUAAUGAAGUAGUUGAUUAUUCAAAUGUGGAGGUGCCAUCUUCCUUACAAUCCCUUUGUCGUUAUGUGGAAACGACACUAAAGCCACAGGGGAAGAUCAUGACCUUCAACAUUGAGAAGGAGGUGUUUGGUGCAGAUCGCAGUACCUUCGUCUUGCAUGAAGAUAUUACACAGUUUGCAGGCAUGGAAGAAAUUGGGGCUACUGUGGUUGCAGUAUAUAUGAGGUGCUUAUAUGAUCGUUUGAGAGAAGCAAAUAUGUGUAGCAUGGUUGGCUUUAUCGACCCUGCUCAAGUUAGUGCCAACGCUGGGUCACUAACUGACAGAUCACAAAUUGUAGCCAGUCGACUUCAGAAAACAGAUGGUGAACAGAUUUUCAUGAUGCCUUACAAUCCAGGCCGUCAUUGGGACUUGUUGAUUGUGAGAGCAAAGAGGGAAACCGUCUAUUUUCUGGAUUCUCUGCCUGGAAAUCGUGUGGUUGAUGAAGAGGGCAAAAUCAUCGUGAACAGUGCUUUAAAAAUUUAUAAUUCCCACAUAGGCAGACCAGGCCGUAAAGCAGUGUCGAAUGCGGGUAUUAUGUGA